GCCGGCGGGCCCCGGGAUGGCGGGCCCGGGCGGGGCCGGGGCCUUGGCCGGAGGCGGCGCGCGGUCCAAGGUAGCCCCCAGCGUGGACUUUGACCACAGCUGCUCGGACAGUGUGGAGUACCUGACCCUUAAUUUUGGGCCCUUCGAAACGGUGCAUCGCUGGCGGCGCCUCCCGCCCUGCGACGAGUUCGUGGGUGCCCGCCGGAGCAAACACACAGUGGUGGCCUAUAAGGAUGCCAUCUACGUAUUUGGUGGCGACAACGGGAAGACGAUGCUCAAUGACCUUCUGCGGUUCGACGUGAAAGAUUGCUCCUGGUGCAGGGCCUUCACCACAGGGACCCCACCAGCACCUCGCUACCACCACUCGGCCGUGGUCUAUGGGAGCAGCAUGUUUGUGUUUGGGGGCUACACUGGGGACAUUUAUUCCAAUUCGAACUUGAAGAAUAAAAACGACCUCUUCGAGUACAAAUUUGCAACCGGCCAGUGGACAGAGUGGAAAAUCGAAGGGCGGCUGCCAGUUGCCAGGUCGGCCCACGGAGCCACAGUGUAUAGUGACAAGCUGUGGAUCUUUGCUGGCUAUGAUGGCAAUGCCAGGUUGAACGACAUGUGGACCAUCGGCCUCCAGGACCGGGAGCUCACAGGCUGGGAGGAGGUGGCACAGAGCGGUGAGAUCCCUCCUUCUUGCUGCAACUUCCCCGUGGCCGUGUGCCGAGACAAGAUGUUCGUGUUCUCCGGGCAGAGUGGCGCCAAGAUCACCAACAACCUCUUCCAGUUCGAGUUCAAGGACAAGACAUGGACACGGAUCCCCACGGAGCACCUGCUCCGAGGCUCCCCGCCACCACCACAGCGGCGUUAUGGACACACCAUGGUGGCCUUCGAUCGCCACCUCUAUGUGUUUGGAGGCGCAGCCGACAACACGCUGCCCAACGAACUGCAUUGCUAUGAUGUGGACUUUCAGACCUGGGAAGUCGUCCAGCCUAGUUCCGACAGCGAGGUCAGCGGGGCGGAAGUGCCGGAGCGGGCAUCUGCUUCAGAGGAGGCGCCCACGCCGACAUCCGAGGAGCGAGGCGGCUUCAAGAAGUCCCGGGAUGUGUUUGGGCUGGACUUCGGCACCACCUCAGCCAAGCAGCCUCUGCAGCCAGCCUCGGAGCUCCCCAGCGGAAGGCUCUUCCACGCAGCCGCUGUCAUCUCGGACGCCAUGUAUAUCUUCGGGGGCACUGUGGACAACAACAUCCGUAGCGGGGAGAUGUACAGGUUCCAGUUCUCCUGUUACCCUAAGUGCACCCUGCACGAGGACUAUGGGCGGCUGUGGGAGAGCCGUCAGUUCUGUGAUGUGGAGUUCGUGCUGGGCGAGAAGGAAGAGUGCGUCCAGGGCCACGUGGUCAUUGUCACAGCCCGCAGUCGCUGGCUCCGCAGGAAGAUCGUGCAGGCACGCGAGCGAUUGGCCCAGAAGCUGGAGGAGGAGGCAGUGGCCUCGACAGCCAGGGACACGCCUGGCCCAGCUGGGCCUGGUGCUGGGGCCAGGCCGCCCCUGCUGCGCGUGGCCAUCCGCGAGGCCGAGGCCCGGCCCUUCGAGGUGCUUAUGCAGUUCCUUUACACGGACAAGAUCAAAUACCCACGGAAAGGCCACGUGGAGGAUGUGCUGCUCAUCAUGGAUGUGUACAAGCUGGCGCUGAGCUUCCAGCUGUGCCGCCUAGAGCAGCUGUGCCGGCAGUACAUCGAGGCCUCGGUGGACCUGCAGAACGUGCUGGUGGUUUGUGAGAGCGCUGCUCGGCUGCAGCUGGGCCAACUCAAGGAGCACUGCCUGAACUUCGUGGUGAAGGAGUCCCACUUCAACCAGGUGAUCAUGAUGAAGGAGUUUGAACGCCUCUCAUCCCCCCUCAUUGUGGAGAUCGUGCGGCGCAAGCAGCAGCCACCCCCGCGUGCCCCCUCCGAUCAGCCUGUGGACAUCGGCACCUCUCUCAUCCAGGACAUGAAGGCAUACCUGGAGGGGGCAGGCGCAGAAUUCUGCGAUAUCACGCUGUUGCUGGAUGGGCACCCGCGGCCAGCCCACAAAGCCAUCCUGGCUGCCCGUUCCAGCUACUUCGAAGCCAUGUUCCGGUCCUUCAUGCCCGAGGAUGGGCAGGUGAACAUCUCCAUUGGGGAGAUGGUGCCCAGCCGGCAGGCCUUCGAGUCCAUGCUGCGCUACAUCUACUACGGCGAGGUCAACAUGCCGCCCGAGGACUCGCUCUACCUGUUCGCUGCUCCCUACUACUACGGCUUCUACAACAACCGGCUGCAGGCCUACUGCAAGCAGAACCUGGAGAUGAACGUGACGGUGCAGAACGUGCUCCAGAUCCUGGAGGCGGCCGACAAGACGCAGGCGCUGGACAUGAAGCGGCACUGCCUGCAUAUCAUCGUGCACCAGUUCACCAAGGUCUCAAAGCUGCCCACACUACGGUCGCUGAGUCAGCAGCUGCUGUUGGACAUCAUCGACUCCCUGGCCUCUCACAUCUCCGACAAGCAGUGCGCAGAGCUGGGGGCUGACAUCUGAUGGCCUGUGGCACCACAGCCUGCACAGGGACCGGCCACUGCACCUGCUGGGCCAAGAGCCAGGGUUGCUGGGACCACCGAGAGAAGCCGAGAGAGGACACAGGGCCAGGCAGCCACACAGGGACACGGAGAAGCAGAGCCCUCCCCACCCACUCGGCACUUUGUCCCAGGUGGGAGGCCACAGGAGGCAGAGACAAUGGUCUGGGUGAUGUGGAUGCAGACGUUAGGGCCUGUGCUUGGGGGCAGAGGACACCAGGCAGGACACCACGGCCCUAGGGAGCCACCCUUUGAGACACCUGUGAGUGGGGCUGGUGAGGAAUAGUGGGGUUGGAGCCAGGGUGAGCUAUGAGAGAAGGCACCAAAGUCAGCUCCUGGCCCAUGGCAUCACAGGGUGGGGCUGGUCCCCGACUGCCAGGCUGCAGGGACCUCUGGGUGAGCAUUAGGCCUGGGAUGGGGAGAAGCUGGCAGACAGGCCCCUUAAAAUGUUCCGGCAUAGAAAGGCCACCCUGACCCUAACCUACCUGGUUCCCCGCCCCCUCCAAUAUUGGUUUCAUCUUGUCUGUUUCCCCUAAUGCCAUUUAUAAUUCACCAUUCCCACCUAGGGCGACCCUAUCACACAGGUAGCCAAGGGGCUGCAGGAGGUGUCCAGGGUAGCCCCCCUCCCACAGCCAGAGAUGGCCAGGCAGUUGCCCUGCAGUGGGAGGACCCACUCUGCUUUGUAGGCCUGGUAGGCAGGAAGAGGAGCUGGCUGUAGGGGACUGCCACAGCUGGGGGCCCUUAGCGUAGCCACCUAGGUGGCUGUGAGCAGGCCUGGGGAGGAGGCAUCAGGCAACAGAAAGGCAGGAAUGCCUCCAGUGGAGAACACCCUCCUCUCUCCCAGAGCUGGACCAUCUGCAGAUCCAGCUCCCCACCUGCUCCCUGUCCCUAGCCCUCCCUGACCGUGCCCCCUAGAGGGGACAUGAAUAAAUGACGUUACAAGCCUAGAGCUGAAACCAGC